CUUUGGUGAAUAAUGUAUCUCGCAUAUGUUGGAAGGUGGGAUGUGGAUUCAAACUGUGGAAAACAACGGUGACAGUCUCACGAAUCCUAUCCUAAUACGUUUUUGUAACGUAAUUUAAGACCACACAAAUAUGACCGAGGUUAAUUUGUAGUGAGAGAAGCAUUUGUCGACUUUCCUUGUAUAUAAUUGGGUGGUGUCAAGAUGCCGCUUCUGAAAGGUGAUAUGGAGGCCAUUAUUAAAGAUGCCCUUAACACAAUAACUUUCAAGGCUGCUGGAAAGGGCGGUGGUGGCUGUAUAAACGAAGGCGAAGCAUAUUUUACAGAUACUGGAACUGUUUUUGUUAAACAAAAUAGGAAGUCUCAGGCGAGACUGAUGUUUGAUGGUGAAUUAGAGAGCCUUAAAACUAUAGCAGCAACUAAUACAGUGCGUGUUCCGCAACCUAUUGUGGUCUUAGACAAUCCUCGUGGUGGAUCUGUCUUAGUUUUAGAGUAUGUUGACAUGAAAACAUUAAGCAAAUUCUCAAAGCAGCUUGGACAACAACUGGCCAGAUUGCAUUUACAUAACAGUGAACUAAAGACAAAGGCAUCACAAGGUUUUGUGGGACAGGAGGAAAAUGUUUCUUAUGUUGAAAAAUUUGGAUUUCAUGUGACCACCUGCUGUGGCUACAUUCCUUUAGAAAAUGAAUGGUGCGGUGACUGGCCAACAUUCUUUGCAAGAAAUAGACUUGACCAUCAAGUCAGGCUUGUUGAGAAAAAUUGUGGAGAUCCUGAAGUACGAGAGCUGUGGUCAGAGCUCCAGCUGAAGAUCCCGAAGUUUUUUGAAGGUUUAGAUAUUCAGCCAGCCUUACUGCAUGGUGAUCUAUGGGGUGGCAAUAUAGCAGAAACUGCAACUGGUCCAGUUAUAUUCGAUCCAGCGUCAUUUUAUGGACAUCACGAGUUUGAACUAGGCAUUGCUCGAAUGUUUGGAGGAUUCAGCCAAGCUUUUUAUGAUGCAUACUUUGAUGUAAUCCCUAAAGCACCUGGGUUUGAGACAAGGAAUAAACUGUACCAACUGUUUAAUUAUCUGAAUCACUGGAACCACUUUGGUGCAGGAUACAGGAAUCAGUCCUUAUCAAUAAUGAAGGCUUUGUUAAAAUAAAAGCAGCACAAAUUAGUAAAUAUGUUUCUGUAAAACACAAAACUGAAUAAAGGGAAUAGGUUUUUAA